UGUGUGUGUGUGUGUGUUAGAGACCUGAUGGAAUCUCUCUGAGGCAGUUUGAUGGACUGCUGCGUUUUUAUCGACCGAGAAUGAGAGCACGUGAUCGCUUCCUUACGUUUAAAGCUCUCAACCAAUCAGGAACACCCAUGCUCAGCCUGCAGGAUUUCUAUAAUGUGUAUGAGGUGAUGGGUCUGAAGUGGAAGGCUCGGCGUAGUGGUGAACACUGGUUUGAUGAUCUUCCUCACACAGCUUUCCUCAUUUUUAAAGGGAUCAACCUUGUGGUGAAAUCCAGAGUGUUUCAGUACAUCAUGUAUAUCGUUGUAGCUGUCAAUGGCGUCUGGAUUCUGGUGGAGACCAACAUGUUAAGCAGUGACUUUAACUGGUCCCGACUCGUACCCUGGAGCUACAUCGUGUUCCUCACGA